AUGAGAUUUCUUCCCCAGCCCAUGCACCUUCUCAUCCUCCCCUUCAGAUAACACUUAUCUUCUCUGUGAGGUCCUUCUCCUGUGCAGACCUGCGUCCUUAGAAUACAGAGCAGGGGGAGGGGAGGUUGACGAUCCUGGCAGCUGUUUUGGCCACAGAAGUCUGCACACAACAAAGCACGAGUUCAGGUUUCAUAUUGUCCAGCUGCCAGAGGUCGCUGAUGGAACUCUACUUACCUGCACAAGAUGUUCUUAAGAAAUAUGUAAGAUUUUCAGCAAUUGACCAGUCUGGAGAAGCCCAUGAGAUUACCGAUCAUGUAGCUACGCAGUGCGGGUACACCAUAACCUAUGAUGACUGGGGGAGCAUCUCAUUCAGGUCGUCUCUCUACAGCUGUUAUACUCAGAUUAGGAAUGACACCUACUACACUCAAUCAGUGAAGAUUGAGAUGGCAAGCAGUCGUGGUAUGGGAGAUGCUGUGACCUAUGUGAAAAUGGUCACCUGCCCGUACAUAUGGAGCCCCCGUGAAAUUAUUUGUGAGAGAAACUACAUGGAGGUGUCAGUCAGAAGGAAGAUUCCAGUUAUUUCAGAAGAAGCUUUCAGAAGUGAGCCAGAGGACUGGUCAACUGCAUUUACCCAGGCAGUGAGCGGAUUCAUGUCUGUAUGGCAAGUGGUGUUUCAUCUGUCUACAACCCAGAAAACAACCAUGCUUAUCGAUGCGGCACAGGACAUAGGCUAUGGUAUUAACACAACAGAAUCCAGGAUCUUGUUGAGGGCCCCCUACAACGCUAGCCAAGCUGUUCUUCAAAGGACUGGUGGUGUGUCAUUCUCAACUCUUAGAGCUACACUAUUCUACAAACAGCACUGGUUUAUCUACUUGGUUGACAAUGCUGUGGCCUGCCCAGUGGAGGACGUGAAGUUUAUGAGUGGCUGGAUUGUGUGGACUGUACCAAAGAGCAUUUCUCCCCUUCUCACUGGUGCAAAAGUCAUAAAGAGCAGCCAAAUCCAGUUUGGUGUUGACCUUCGGAAUCUCACAGAUGCAGAGAUCCGUUAUAGGAAGUAUGAGGUUGUGGACAGCAACACAGAAACUACAGCAAGAAUACCUUAUGGAGCUGCUGGGGGAUAUUAUAAGAGCCGUGUUCUCAACUUCCAGCAUGGGGUAACCUACAACAUUCGCCCGUUUCUUGAAAAUGUGUGGGUAGAUGACAGCUGGGGAAUCACAAAAUACACAAUCAUUAAGGAUAUUGUAACGCCCUUCCAAGCACAACCACCUAUCAUCAUCAAUGAAACCAUACCAUCAACUCAAAUCUUUAACGUCACGGUUGGAACAUUUCUCCCGGAUGUCCAGUUGGUUAGUCUGACAGUCGGUGAUGCCAUAUUGACAAUUCCUCAAGGUCUUAACAUGGGAUACACCAUUCAGAAUUUAACCCAGACAAAUGGAACUUUGAUCUACAUCCUUCAUGUUCCUUUCAGUGAUGUACACGUGUCUACAGAGACUUUCCCAGAUGGCAUUCUCUUCACUUUAAAUGUAACAUUUGGGUUCACAAUUAUACCGAAUGGGGAAAACUUCACUACAUCUGGGACUAUUGAAUGCUUCAUCCCCCAGCCUUAUGUUGGUCCUUGUGAACAGAGUGGUAGCACUUUGAGUAUUGCACUGGGAAAUCUUGAUCCAAGCUUGAGGGUGUUCAUCAAGAAUGUGCAGGCAACACCAAAUAGUGGAUUACUGUCAACCAACCAGACUCAUUCUGUUGUCCAGGUUCCUGUAGCAUCAGGGCUUGUAGCAAAUGAGGUGACAGCCACAGGCCUCUCCAUAACCAUUCCUAUAACUAUAAGAGAUCGAACCGGAAACAUGAUUCACGAUGCCAUUAUCUCCUGUGAUGCUCCUCCAAGCCCAGUUGAGUGUCUUCCAGAUGGAACAAUGAAAGUUUCAGUUAAGAGAAUAAGCAACAUUCCGAACAUGGACUUGACUAAACUCAGACUGAGGGACUCUAGCUGUGGCCCAGAUGCUAUUGAUGGCGACAUGGCAAACUUCACAUUCACUGUAAACAGUUGUCGAACUACCCGAAUAUUCCAGGGUAACCUGAUGAUAUAUGAGAAUGCAAUAUCCUAUGUCAGUAGUGUAACUGGGAAAGCCUUAUACAUAAUGAAUGUGAUCUGUAACUACACAACGAACAGCACCUUGGUCGUGGACUACAGCUACCAAGAUAACCCUACCCCCAGUGCACAGACUGGAAAUGCUCCUCUUGGUUUGGUGUUGAAGCUAAGUGAAAGUGAUGAAUUCAGUGUCUUCUAUGGAGAUGCAGAGUAUCCAGUUGUAAAGUUCUUACAGGAUCCCCUGUACUUUGAAGUUGAGCUAUUGUACAGUACUGAUCCACAGCUAGAACUCUUCUUGGACAGUUGCUGGGCUACUACAACUCCUGACAUGGCAAGUCUUCCUAUGUGGCCGAUCAUCGACAACAGUUGUGAACAUAGUGAACCCUACAAGACAAUCUUUCACCCAGUGAUGGCAGAUCAGAGAGUACAAUUUCCAUCUCAUCUAAAAAGAUUUGAAGUGAAAACCUUCACCUUCAUGGAAGAGGCUGCAGCCUAUACUGGAGAGAUCUACUUUCACUGUGAUGUGAUUAUUUGUGAUUCUUCCAAUCUGGCUUCUGAUCCAACCUGCACACAAAUAGGCUCCUGUAUCCCUGCCCGGCAAAGGACGGGACGGAGCUUGGAUACAGAUGGCAACAGGCAAAGAUUGGUUUCUUCCAGAGCAGUUUUCCUACUGGGAUCAAAAAUGAGGGCAGACAAGCAAAUUCAGAAUCAUCCUCAAUAACUUCAAGAUGGAAACUUUUAAGAAGGCACUUUUGUUAAUAAAUUUGAGGAUAAAAUGC